AUGGUUUUCCAGUUUCCUUUCUCUGAGGGAGGACCCCCUUGCUAAUCUUUAUGUCAGCCCCAAAUUUGGACAGUAACUUCCUUUUUGAUCGCGACCAUGGGUUUCACAAGUCAGGUAAGGUAGAGGAGUGCACAUUACUGAAAAAAAUGUCUCUGAGAAUUAUCGCCGAUUUUAAAGUGGACCAGUAAUUAUUUCACAUUUCAAUUUUUACCAUGAUAAUUAAAUACAUUAUUUACGUAAAAAAAUUGUCUCUACUAAAAUUAAUCGAGUUUUAGAGUUAAUUAUUUUUAGUGCACAUUACCUGUUUCCGAUAGAUAGAAACUCAUAACACGUGCUGAAUUGUUUUGUUAAACCAGAUUGUGUAAAUUUGGCACACAUUGGAGUACAUGUUAACUACACCGUCCGUGUGACUCAAGUGUAUCGGGGUGGCAUUUAUUAAAAGUAACACUAUGGACUUGUGUUCCAGUUGCUCACAUCCUUCAAUCUUAUUCAAUGCUUUCUCAAUAUGUUAUAAUAAGGCAGAUUGUCAUUUACCAAAUAACCUUUUUCCUGUCAUGAAAGUCCCAAUUAAGUUACAAUCACCCUAUUUGAUAGGGAUUUAGGUAAAUUGGAAGACAGGAUGCCAUGGUUGGCCUCCAUCUUGGUUGACAAGACCAGUUAAUUCUGUCACUAAAUCUAAGUAAAUGUAUCCCUCAACCCAAAAUGUAUCCCUGAACCUUAAUUCAUGGCAACUUUAAUAAACACGGGAAAGACGUUUUUACGACGUUGUACAUACUCUUCCAGCACAUAUACAGUAGAACAAAUAACACAACAAUUUUAAAAAAUAGAAAAUGUAAAACAAUUAAAUUUAAAAAAAAAUUAAAAUAGAAGAAAUCAAUGUAAUGUGUAAAAAUGACAUUAUGCUUAGUUCUCCCCCAAGGCGAGAAUGAAGUUCUUGAAAAUAUCAUGUCCUCAAACGGUUGCUGAACAUGAAUUCAUGUAGAUAAGAAGAAUAUGUACAACGUCGUAAAAACAAGAUAAUAAUAAUUGUUUAAAUAGCCCUUCAAACCGGAACUGGAUUUUUUCCUGGCCGACGCUCAAGUGGUAAAUUACCUAAACCUAGGCUCAAUAAUUAACACUGUUUUUGCAUUGAUGGAAUCUUAAUCUUUGAAUGUUUUUUUAUGCUACAACUCUUUUCCCCAUUUGUAUAGCCCAUUGUCAUUGAUGGCAGAGGACAUCUUUUAGGACGUCUUGCAGCCAUUGUUGCCAAGACCCUUCUAAAUGGUGAGAAAUCAUGAUCGUAACUUUAACAUAUAUUUUAGUAAUUUAGAUUUCAAAAGGGUGGGGAUUUAUAUCAAAAUAGUAAUCAACCAAGGCACAACAGAGGGAUUUAUCCGGCACAAGUUUUGCGUUUUUUUGGGUAUGCACAAACUGGGUGCGCGUGAGACCUUUGAAAUCCCUAACAGAAAAAAAUACUUGGGUAUAUUAACAAAACAAAGUGGGGGGGGGGGUUAAGCAGCAAUGCAUUCUAGAAGGAAGCAAUGCUGAGAGGAAGAGAGGGUUACGGUAAUAAAAAAAAUAAGAAUGGUAAAAAAAAUUAUAGUGAGGGUGAUAAAUAAUUAAGUUGAAUGUGGGGAGGCUGAUAUUUCACAAAGAAAUGGACCUUACUACAUCUUAAUAUAGGGCAGAUAUAGUGGUAGCCUAGCCUACUUCUCAUGUAAUACUAAUCCUGAAAUACAACUUUAUUGACAUAGUUCUAUUGAAGUCUACUGGUCUUAUUUUAUUUGGUUCAUAUUUUAAAUUUAAGCUUCAAGGUAGUGCUUUUCAAGAUAUUUAACCAAGAUAAGGGACUUUUUUCUUUGAAGAGUCGGAAUCAGACUAGUAAUAGUAGUAAUAGUACUACUAGUUAUUAUAUAGGCAGUCUAGUUUCAUAUGCAAAGUCAAACACCUUUAGGUAUCUCAAAGCAUUUGAUUAUAUUAACAUGUUCAGCAUUUAUUUAUUAUCUAGGGAUCGGCUGACUAAUAAUUAAUGUACACAAUAUUGGAAUAUGCAAUGCAACUAUUUUGCCGGCCACCACUUGUCACAUGACAUGCCAGAAUAAUGUUAACGCCUACUAGUCCGCUGGGACGAGCAUAUUAACAAUGUAUGUAACCAAGCAAAACCAAGCCUUGGGGUUCUUAAGGCGAAAUCUAAAGAUUGGCAACUCCUGUGUGAAAGAAAGAGCAUAUAAAGCCUUUAUCCGUCCGAUUUUAGAUUAUGCAUCUUCAGUCUGGGACCCAUUUACCCAGAAGAGCAUUGACAGGUUGGAGGCGGUCCAGCGACGAGCAGCACGCUUUGUCCUAAACCGCUACAGGAAUACCUCUAGUGUUGGCAGCAUGCUAGAAACACUAGGCUGGUCACCAUUGGAGAAACGACGACGACAAUCCAGGCUCUCCAUGAUGUACAAGAUAAAUAAUGGGCUGGUCCACUGUUCCAGUAUUAAACAGAAACUCGUCCCUCUCCCCCAUAGACAGCGACGAGGCCAUGACAGGCAAUUCAGGCUCAUACCAGCAAGAAGCCAGUAUAGGAGCUGCUCAUUCCUGCCCAAGACAAUCAGGGACUGGAACCAUCUUUCAAAAGGAACGGUUGAGGCGACAACACUAGACACAUUUGUGUCUAUUGCCUCAAGCCUUCAAACCCCUAGUGCAUGAUUUCCUCAUCAACACCAGUAACAGAAACAUUGCAAAUCCCAUCUACAUGCAUAGGAGCCAAAAUGAUCAAUAAAUUGAUCGUGGGCCCUUAAGAUAUAGAAGAAGAAGAAGUUGUCCGGCAGUCACAUGACAUGUCUGCUGCAGGAAUAUCUUCCACUAGUCGUACGGGGGUCACGUGACAUGCCCGCCGGAUGUAUAUCUUCCGCAGUGUUUGUCCGGACGUGUAGACACUGCCUUUCAAAUAGGCGGAAAUGAAAUUUUAAAACAUAAAAUUGACUACCCUUCAAUUUACAUUCGAGGUUGUUUCAAGAGCCUUUUGUCACUUUUGUCAGGUAUAUUGCUUAAUUUAUUAUGAUUUAUUUGUUUAAUCUAGGACAGAGAGUUGUGGUUGUCAGAUGUGAGGGGAUCAACAUAUCUGGAAAUUUUUACAGGAACAAGCGUGAGUUUUAAUAUUAGUUUUAAAAUAGUUUAAUUUGUAUGACUUUGUUCAUAAUUAAUUUUUUAUUCUUGAUCUGGCAUAUUAAUGUGCUUCUAAUGAUGUUUACAUACCUACAUUGUCAGAAUAUAAAUGAUUGAAUUUCAUGUCUGAAGAAGCUUUUUUUUUUCAUAUCAUUAUUUAAAAAUUUGUUCUUACUUGGUUUCAUGUACUCUUUUCAAAUUCUGCUAAAUUCAUUUUAGUGAAGUUCUUGAAGUACUUGAAGAAACGUUGUAAUGUUAACCCUGCACGUGGACCUUUCCAUUUCCGUGCUCCAAGCAAACAGUUCUGGAGGGUUAUAAGAGGUACGUCUAAGCUUAUGUUAUGGCUUUAAAAGUGUCUUAUUCCCUUAUUGAUUGUACACAUGAUGACAUAACCUUACCUACCUUGAGCUUAAUGAAAUCAAUAUAUGUCUGAUGAUCAAUCAUUUAUUUUUUUCAAAAUUGUUUGGUACACCAUAAUUAUAUAUGUUGAUAAACAUAUGGCACUUGGUGAUUUAUAAAUAUUGGCUAUUAUACUUUUUUUAUACAUAUUUUCUUUGGAAAUUCUUUCAGGAAUGUUGCCUCACAAAACUGCCAGGGGCAAGGAAGCUUUGGGUCGUCUCAAAGUUUUCGAGGGCAUCCCACCACCUUAUGACAAAAAGAAACGAAUGGUUGUUCCCUCAGCCCUUAAAGUUCUAAGACUUAAUCCAAUUAGAAAGGUAACAAAAAAUUUUUUUUGCAAAACUUAAAGGAUGUUAUCACUAUGAUAAUUUUUUUCAUCCUAUGAUGGUUUUCCUACAUUGCUUGAUUUUAUAUGACAAAUAAUUUUUUCUCACUAUAAUUUUUUUCAUCCUAUGAUGGUUUUCCUACAUUGCUUGAUUUUAGAUGACAAAUAAUUUUUUCUGAGGAUGGCUACAUAUUGAAAUAUAGAUCUGAUAGUCCUUGUUUAUGAUAUCUAGAAUAUGCUUUGGGAUAAUUGAUUAUAUAACAGCAAAAUUUUUGUUAGUUUUUUUUAUUAAUACACACACACCUCCUGGCAAAAAUCAUUAAAAAUGUGAAUGAUUUAAUGUACGUUGGUUAAGAAGUCGCUCGCUAUAGAAAACAGAUUGCAUUUUGUUUCUAUGUGUUAACAUGCUUUACUUUAAUGGGGGCUUGUUUUGUGAUUGAUCGGGAGUGGUGUUAGCUGAAUUUUUUGUUUGAGCAUGGAGCCAUUUCGAAAUCAAAUUUUCUUUAUAGGAAUAAUUCCAAAAUGCUUAAAUGAAAACAGUGAUUCAGGGAUAUUCCACAGGAUAAUGUGUGUUAUAUAGUGUCAAUAAAUAAAAUUUGGAUUGCAUUACUUCAAUUCAAAGGGGGACACCCCUGUAUUUUUUUGACAGAAAUUUUUGAAGGAAUUGAAUAAAGUAAAAUUGUUUAAUAUGGGUACCUUAUGUGAGAAUGGGGUGGGUUGAGUAGUUGACUAAAUGUAAUGUUUUAAUGUCUUAACAGUAAAUAAACCUUAAUUUUAUCAUGGAUUUCAUUACAUCAUUUUUAAAUACAUAAACUUAGGUUAGGGCAAAGUAGUCAGAUAUGUUUAUCAGUUUUAAAGGUGAAAAGUUUUGUGUGGUUGUUGCUUUUGGCCUUUGGGUUGUAUGUGUAGCAAUUGGACCAUAUAUUUUAUGCAAAUAAGGCCUAUGAUGAUUAUGACCACAGCUUUUUGAGCAUAAACAUGAAACUAUUUUACAUGCACUACCAUCUGAGGCACUAUCGAUCUAAAACCUAAUUCAAUCUGGAUGCAUUUUUUCUUCAUUCAUUACUAUUCAGUAUUCAGCAGCUGAAAAAUAUAUUUGACAAUGUAUAUCAAUGGCAAAAUGGUUACUUCCUUCUUUUAGAAAUAAGUAGACAUUCCUUAAUGUAAUCAAAGCAAAGAUAGCAUGUCAAGAUUUUUGGGGGGAGGGGCUUAUUCUGCACAUAGUAGGGUCUUCAAAGUCACUGCUAAACAAAUAAAUUUAGAUUACAUUGAUUCAUUUCUUUGUUGGAAUUCUAAAUUUUCAUGUUUGUAAUGAAUGUAUCUUUAUCUUUUAAUUAUUAUUAUUCACUGACUCUUUAAGUAUAUGGCUUAACUUCCAGCAAUAUUGUCCGUUGCUAGGUUUACUCUCCUAUGAUGAUUUGUAAUCCCAGCGUGAUUUGAUAUUUAGUGAUACUAAUAUUACAUGCACUACCAUCUGAGGCAGAGUUUUAACCUAAAAAUUCACAAUAAUUCUAUUGUAUUUGUUUAAAAGUUUUUUUUGUUGCGGUGAUGUUUUCAAAGGUAUUUGCCAGUCAUCUACUCGGGCUCCAUGUUUCAAAAAUCAUAAUUUUUCACAUCACAAUCCAAAUAAGCAUUUGCAAAGAUUGUCAAAUAUUUUAAUGUAAGUUGGUCUUCAGUGUUGAGUUAAAUUCACACAUUUUAAUGUAAGUUGCUCGCCAGUGUAUAACUAAAUUUAGUAGGAUUUAAUUAUGGUUAUAGCAGGUAUUUAGAGUUUGGACAAAAUUUUCAAUUCUAUUUAGGCCUAUGAUGAUUAUGACCACAGCGUUUUGAGCAUAACAUGAAACUAUUUUACAUGCACUACCAUCUGAGGCACUUUCUACCCAUCUAAAAUGUAUCCCAUGUAUAGUAUAGAUAUUUUUCAAAAUGUGAAAUUAAUUUCUGAUGGCGUUUUUCUAUAAUAUGCGAGUCAGGGUUAAGGAUAUUCUAAUUGGCGCUCAACAUUAGGGUUUUCAUUAAAUUUCAUCUCCUAGAAACAAAAGAUUUUGGUGAUCAACACUAACUUGAUUUUUUAAGCAAUACCUACAGUACCCCAGUCUAUGGGCAUAAUUUACACCAGUAACAUUUUUGAGUAUUUUACACAAUGGUCUUUUAAGCCAAUGUUACAGACUUAGAUCAAAGUUCUUUUAUGCCUGUGAUGAUUGUUACACCUGAUUGAUGAGUUCAUGAAAAUACUAUUAAAACAUGCACUACCAUCUGAGGCAUAAUAUUACGAGACUAAGUAUAAUGGUGAGGCUUCAUUUGACUAAGGUCUCACUCUUGCCUAUUAUUUUUUUGUUUUGAACUUCAGUUCUGUAGUCUGGACAGGCUUUCACAUGAGGUUGGAUGGAAAUAUCAAGGUGUAGUUGCUACCUUGGAAGCUAAGAGGAAGGUUAAGUCCAAGCAUUUCUAUGAACGCAAGAAACGUCUCCUGGUAAGCUAUGACAUGUAUUUUAGUAUCAAGUUUCUAUCUAUGAUGAAAUAACCACAGCGCAUUGAAUGACAGUGAAACUAUUUAUUAUAUCUGAGACAGAAACUUUACAUUACAUACUACUGUGCACUACAAAAUAGAGGAGAAAGGUAUCUUUUUUUUUAACCAGUACUAUAUUUUGUUUUUAUUCUAACAGAAACUGCGUGAGCAGGCCAAACAAAAUGUUGCAAAGAAGAUCGAGACUCACCAGAAAGUACUCUCACAGUUGGGUUACUGAAGUCGUUUUAAAUUAAAAUGAAUGUACAAAUAAAUUGAAACUCUUCUCCAUUUUAUUAUUGGUGUCUUUUCUUUGUAUGUAUUCUGUUUAUAACAGUUAAUCCAAUGAAGUUUAGAUUUUAGAACUUGGUCUACAUGUUUUAUGAUUUACUGGUACUGGUAUACAACUACUUACAGGACUAGUACUUUUGACAUGUCAGUUAUGUUAUUUAUGAGUUAUUCCCCUUAUGUUGGGAUAAUAUGGAUGUUUUGAAAUCAAGCCAGUGGGAAGUUAACUUGAAUAUCCUUUAACUAGGUACACUGAACAGAUGAGAAGCAAUUAUAUUUUACACAACUUCCAUUAGCAUAUAUUUCUAAAUUUUAUAACAUGUAUUUAAUAUUGUAAAAAUAAUAUAAAUUAAUUAUACCAUUUAAAAGAUCGAUUCAAGCACUUAAAUAAUUUACUAUAACGUUUUGUGAAAUAACUGACAUUUUCUCCAAUGCAAAAAGUGAGAAAAUGUAAUAUCGGUAUAAGGUUUUCUAGCUGCCAUUCAUUUACUGACAAUGCAAUCAUGUCACUUUAUUUUUAAGUGUCACAUAAGAACAGUAUGAGUAAUUUAGUGUAAUGGAUUCAGAUCAACCACUGAUGAGAUUUUUACCUUCAGAUACCUGCUCUAUUAAAGAAAUGUAAUACUGGUUCUAUUUCUAUAAAUAAUAAAAUGACCAGUGGCACUGACAACAUCAAGGGAAAAUGUGGCAGCAGGAGUUAAGGAUUCCUACCAGACGAGACUAAAUUAAUAACAUGGUAAAAUCAAUGUUCAGGGGGUGCAAAUUCAAUGGAAUUUUGAUUAACUUUAUUAAGAAACUAAUGACCUUACCAGUAUUAAAAUAUAAUUUUAGGUACGGUACAGUAUUCCAAACCGCUAAGAAGCAGUUGAAGCAGUUUUUUGGGAUAUUUUACACAACUUACAGUACCGGUAACAUGCACCUGAUAAAUUAUACCGUACCAUUUAAAAGAUCGAUUCAAGCACUUUAAUUAAGUUUAAUAAUAUGGUAUUUGUUUUUCUAUUGGAUGGAUUGUUAGUAAACUUCUUGUGAAAUAAUUUUUUUUGUAGUAUUACUAUUAGUACCGGUAUUAGUUUAGAAAUUUAAUUAAAAAGAAAGAAUAAUUGCAUACGUCUCCGCAUUGUACCUAAAGGCUUUACGAGAAAUUUCAACCAGGCUCCCUAAACUCUAACGACAGGACCAAACUUCAAUCAGUUGAGAAGAAAAUGGCAUUUCAGCGUACGGUAUGCGUAUGCAUAGCUAUAUGUUACUAUAAUAUUAAUAUAAGCGUCUCAUCGCCGAUCUCAGUGCCACCAUUUACCAACUUGAAGAUCGCAUCCUCUCUAAGACCUCUUAUAACGCUUAUCGUAUGACCUUGUUAGAACAAUUAUUCACCAACUUAAUCGGGAACUGUACCGCUUCCAUUCUAGUAGAAAUUCUACCAACAAAAAGAAAAAACCCGACAAUCUUACUAAGAUUGUCAAUCUUAGGCCCACUAACAAUUCUACACCUCACAAAACUGGCACUGGCAACAACUUAGUCGUUUGCACCCCCCCCCCCUAAAUUUCCUCUAUCUGAUGAUGAAAGGUCAGUACUUUCUAAGGGUCUCAAAUUUAAUCCACUGAAAACAUCUUGCGACCGCUACCAACUUCUUUUGGAUUCCCACCGCUACUUUCGUUCCUUGAGACUUCAGUUUCACUUCGGUGGGAAAAGUACCGACCUCCCCGAAGACGAGAUUUUCCCGAUAGGGAACGCAAAUCUAAUUGGACACCACCUUCUAAUCAAUCUAAAGCUUUAGUCUUGUAUAUAAUAUAAUCUAUAAUAAAGAGCACGGAACACGACAUCAAGAACCUCUCUUUACCUCCACUUCAGAAAUCCAAUCUAAAGAGAAUCACUUGUCACUAGCACUCUCAAAGCUGCGCAGUCGUAAAGAUAUCAUCAUCAAACCAGCUGACAAGUGGGGAGCUGUUGUGUAAGACAGAGAUCUCUACAUCAAGGAGGCUCAUAGUCAUAGGCAACAAGAAGCCAGUUCUACCAACCGAGGACCAACACCCCUGUAACUAAAAUCACUGAUCACCAAAUGUAACGACAUGGUGAAAGAGACUAUCCAGAAAAUGAUUG